AUGGCUGUGCUCGCGGCGGCCCCCGCCGCGGCGCCGGCCGCGACCCCGGCGGCUGUGCUCGCGGCGGCGGCUGUGCCCGCGGUGACCCUAGUCGCGACGCCGGCUGUGACCUCCCCGGUGGCCGCCCCCCUUGUGAUGACCCCGCUCACUGGAGACUCGGAGGAAGAAAAAGAAACGGUCCAGUCCCCCAUCGCAGGCCGCCUCAGGGGCCGCCGAGCCGGCCCCCCCACUGAGUCCAGAGCCUUCCCGCUUCGGGAAGGACCCAAUCAUCAGUUACAAUAUUGGCCCUUUUCUGCCUCAGACCUUUAUAAUUGGAAACAACAUAAUCCCCCUUUCUCCAGGGAUCCUGUUGCCCUGACCGGCCUAAUUGAGUCCAUCCUAGUGACUCACAGGCCGACUUGGGACGACUGUCAGCAGCUCCUGCAGACCCUCUUAACCGUAGAGGAAAAGCAGAGAGUUUUCCUGGAGGCCCGGAAGCAGGUUCCGGGCGAUGACGGGAGGCCAACCCAACUCCCAAAUAUCAUCGAGGCAGCCUUUCCCCUGACCCGCCCAGACUGGGACUUCAAUACACCUGAAGGUAGGGAGCAUCUACGUCUCUAUCGCCAGUUGCUCCUAGCGGGUCUCCGAGCGGCCGCCAGAAGGCCUACCAAUUUGGCUCAGGUAAGGAAUGUGAUGCAGGGAAAGGAAGAAUCACCCGCUGCAUUUUUAGAGAGGCUGAAGGAGGCUUAUAGGAUGUACACUCCGUAUGAUCCAGAAGACCCAGGGCAAGCACCAGGUGUCAUCUUAUCAUUUAUUUACCAGUCUAGCUCAGAUAUCCGAGCUAAAUUGCAGCGAUUGGAAGGUUUACAGGCGCUAGGUUUGCCAGACUUAUUGAAGGAAGCAGAGAAAGUGUACAAUAAGAGAGAAACUCCUGAAGAGCGUGAGGAAAGGAGAUGGCAGAAACAAGAGGAAAGGGACAAGAAACAGCAUAGGGAAAUGAAAAAGGUUUUGGCCGCCGUUGUGUCUAAGGGACAGCGGAGAGAGGGAGAUAGGUUGGGAGAGCAAAGGAGGCCACCCCUUGAUAAGGAUCAAUGUGCUUACUGUAAGGAGAAGGGACACUGGGCCCGAGACUGCCCCAAGAAGCUACAAGGACCCCGCCGACCCAAGCCCAAAACUGUGGACCUCCUUAGUCUAGAGGACUAGGGGAGUCGAGGCCAGGAGCCCCCCGAGCCUAGGAUAACCCUCAAGAUCGGGGGGCAGCCCGUGACCUUCCUGGUUGAUACUGGUGCCGAACAUUCAGUCCUAACCCAUGCCGGAGUGCCUCUUAGCCGGCAUUCCGCACUGGUGCAAGGGGCAACUGGAAACAAGAGGUAUUACUGGACUACCGAGAGAAAGGUCCAACUGGCAUCAGGGCAAGUAACUCACUCCUUCCUACAUAUACCUGAAUGCCCCCAUCCGCUGUUGGGACGGGACCUAUUAACCAAAUUGAAGGCACAAAUCUACUUUGAUGAGAAGGGACCAAGGGUCACGGGUCCUAAAGGAGACCCCUUACAAAUCCUUGCCCUCAGCUUAGAGGAAGAAUACCGGUUGUUUGAGGCAGAACCCCCGGAGAAAUCACCUGAAGAGCUACAGAACUGGCUGAGAGAGUUUCCUCAGGCCUGGGCAGAGACUGGGGGCUUGGGGCUGGCACGCGAUCAGCCGCCGCUGAUGAUCUCACUAAAGGCCUCCGCGACUCCCGUUUCAAUCAGACAAUACCCAAUGUCACGGGAAGCUCAUGAGGGGAUUAAGCCCCAUAUUUGGAGACUCCUGGACCAAGGGGUGUUAAAGCCCUGCCAGUCACCUUGGAACACCCCUCUCUUGCCUGUUAAGAAACCGGGGACAGGAGACUACAGGCCGGUCCAGGACUUGAGAGAGGUCAAUAAGCGGGUGGAGGACAUACACCCCACGGUGCCUAACCCCUAUAACCUUCUGAGCACCCUCCCACCGACCCACGUCUGGUACACUGUGCUAGACCUGAAGGAUGCCUUCUUUUGUUUAAAACUGCAUGGCCUCCAUGCCUCCGCAUGGUGGCAGCCAUUGCCGUAUUACUCAAAGAUGCCGGAAAACUGA